AUGUGUGCACUUUUCCCUUCGUUGUUUCCAAACUUUGAUUGGCCGUCGACAGCAGGUUACGUGAGCUACUACCUCGGCGGAGAAAACCUCAGCGAUAUGUUCCUUGAUUGUCCGGUACCGGAAACGUAUGAAGUGGCUCAUCAUCAGUACAACUUAGGAGUUUCUGUUUCGUCGGAGGGAAAUGGAAUAGAUAAACCGGCUGUUAUCAAGAAGGUUAGUCACAAUGCUAGUGAGCGUGACCGUCGCAAGAAGAUCAACUCUUUGUUCUCAUCCCUCCGAUCAUGUCUUCCAACCUCAGAUCAUUCAAAGAAGCUAAGUAUUUCUGCCACCGUUUCACGAGGCUUGAAAUACAUACCAGAGUUGCAAGAGCAAGUGAAGAAGUUAUCACAAAGGAAGGAAGAACUCUUGGUGCGAGUAUCAGGUCAAAGAGACAUUGAACAUUACGUUAAGCCACAACCAAAGGCAGUUGCAUGUUAUGUCUCCACUGUUUCCGCGACUAAGCUUGGAGACAACGAAGUGAUGGUCCAAAUUUCAUCAUCCAAGAUCCACAACUUCUCGAUAUCCACUGUAUUAACUGGGUUAGAAGAAGAUGGUUUUGUUCUUGUGGAUGUUUCAUCUUCAAGGUCUCAAGGGGAAAGGCUUUUCUACGCUUUGCAUCUUCAAAUGAACAAUAUGGAUAAUCAUUACAAAAUAAAUUGCGAAGAGUUAAGGGAAAGGAUGUUGCACUUGUAUGAGAAAAUAGAAAAUUCGUUUAGGUGA